AUGAUUAAAAAUAGAGGCUCAUCAUCUAAUAAAACACCAAAUCCAUAUGCACUAUAAAUGCAAGAAGAGGCAAAAAAAAUGGUACUGAUGAAACAUAUACUUAGGCAGAAAAGUUAGCUAAACUAAAAUAAAACUUGAAUUCUUAAAAGAUGGAACGAUCAUAAAUAAGUAAAUAAUCAGGAGAUCUGACAGAAAGCUAAAGAUGGUAAAAUAAUACAACUCCAAAUAAUCGAAGUAAAAUGCGCAAUUAAUAAAGUACUUAAGGAUAGGCCUCCUUCAAAUAAGUCAGAACCUAUUGAAUCAUUUUUGAAAUCAAUCAAAUUGGAUACUUAUGUAUAAAAAUUUAAAGAAAAUGGAUUUGAAGAGUUAGAUAUUCUUUUUGACAUUUAAAAGGAAUAGCUACAAUAAAUGGAAAUACCAUUAGGGCAUUAAAUUAGAUUAAUGAAAAAAAUUAGAGAACUCAAAUAAUCUGUAGAAGUGAAUGAUGUAAUAAUUCAAAAUGAAUCUAAAUAUGAUGAAUUAGAAGGUAUGCUCAUUCAAUAAAAAUAGAACCUUAAAUCGACUUAAGCUUCACUAACCCUGUUAAAAGAUCAAGCUUACAAAAAGAAAGACAAAAAAAUGUGAAAAAAGUCACGUUUAAAUAAAAUGAGGAUUAAAAAGAUUAUUAAAGUAUUGAAUAAUCCUUUCACUAAUCCUUCAUCCUAAAUGAAUUGGAGGAAAUUUCUAAUUACAUGCAUCAAAAUCAUAUAGGAGAAUCUUCAGAUAUUAAUACAUAAACUAAUAUAGAAUUAAACAAAUUUGAUAAUAAUAUUAGUUCUACUUCUGUUUCUAAAUAAAAGCCUUAUGAUGAAUAGAAUGCUUCAAAACUCAGAAUAAAAAAGGUUGCUUGCUGGAAUUGUUUUAAAUUAUUAAUUAAAGAUUUUAUUUUAGUAGAAGGCAAUGAGUUUUGUAACUUUGAAUGUUAUUAAAAAUAUAACCAUUUGUAUCUUGUAAGUAUUUAAUUUAAUGUAAGGCUUUAUGUGUAAGUUGCAAUAAAUAAUUUGAUGUUAGAAAUGGAAUAUUACUAAAUGGAUGCAGCUUUUGUACUGAAUUAUGCUCUGAAAAAUAUGAUUUUUAAAUUAUGAAGGACAAUAAUGAAGAAAUUGAGAAACAGUUCUUAAGCUUCAAAGGUAACAACAUACAGGAACAAUUCCAAGGUUAAAAAGGUGUUGAUUUAAAUUUUGAUUGA